CCCCGAGCGAUGCGCUCGGCGCCCCCCGCCCCGCCUGCCAGAGGAGAGCAGGCGGCUGCCGAGCGGCUCCCGCCUCACACGCCCAGAGCCGAAGCGAUGGAAGCGGAGCCGCGCCUCAGGCAGGAGCAAUCGAGAGCGGAGCGGUCAUGGCGGCCGGCGGGCUGCGGCAGCGCCUGGUGCACCUGGACCUGAAGGGAGCCCCGCCGCGAGCCGCUUACCUGCGGCAGGUGCUGCCGCUGCUCCGCACCCUGGGCGCCACGGGGCUGCUGCUGGAGUAUGAGGACACCUUUCCCUACACGGGGCCGCUGGAGCCACUGCGGGCACCACACGCAUACAGCCGCCAGGAGCUCCAGGAGCUGCUGGGCCUCGCCAAGGAGCAGGGGCUGGAGGUGGUGCCGCUGGUGCAGAGCUUCGGGCACAUGGAGUUCGUGCUGAAGCACAAGGAGUUCGCCCAUCUGCGCGAGGUGAGGAUGUUUCCCAACGCUCUCAACCCGCACAAGGAGGAGUCGCGGGCGCUGGUCAAAGCCAUGAUCGAUCACGUCAUGGCGCUGCACAAAGACGUGAAGUGGUUCCACAUAGGAUGCGAUGAGGUCUACUACCUUGGUGAAGGAGAAGAGUCAAAACAGUGGCUGCAACAACAAGAGAACACACCAGAAAAGCUGUGCUUAUCCCAUAUAAAAGCAGUUGCAAGUUGUAUGGCCUUGUCUUACCCCACUGUGACUCCCAUCGUGUGGGAUGACAUGCUCAGAGGGAUAAGUGAGGAAACAUUGGCAGAGUCUGGAGUCCCACAGCUCGUGCAGCCUAUGAUCUGGGACUAUGCAGCAGACCUGGAUGUGGAGAGCAAAGUGCUUCUUGUAGAGAAGUAUCGUAGAUGUGGUUUCUCCAAGGUGUGGUUUGCCAGUGCUUUUAAAGGAGCUACAGGGGUGAAUCAGUCUCUAACACUCAUUGGACACCACUUACAAAACCAUCUUCAGUGGCUGAAAGUGGCAAGCAGUACCCCCACCGAUGUGCUUCAAGGUAUCGCGCUGACCGGCUGGCAAAGGUAUGAUCACUUCUCUGUUUUGUGUGAGCUUUUCCCUGUGGCAAUUCCAUCAUUGGCUGUAUGUCUGCAGGCACUAGAGAACGGUGGCUAUUCUGAAACGGUUAAAGAGAAUGUGGAAAAGCUCCUGGGAAUGCCCAAUCUGGAAAUUGAUACUUUCAUGAGCACAAGUCUGGGGACCUUUCCUGGGAGCACUAUUCUUUCCCUGGUGACACAAGUUAGUUUCUACCUCAAGUCAUCUGUGGAUGAACUUCUUGAAAGGAACAGAUAUGUCACAGGCUGGUUCAGUCCCUACCACAGAAAAAGGAAGAUUAUUCAUCCUAUAAUAAUGCAUCAUUUUCAGCCAGAUGCAAUAAGUCUUCUGUCAAAGUGGAAUGCCGUGGUGCAAGACCUCCAAGUGGCCAUGGAACAAGUUUUCCACAACAGUACUGUAGAGGAGUGGAUGGAGGAGAACGUCCACCCAAGCCUACAAAAGCUGCAACAAGUGGUGGAUGAUUUAGACGAAGCAAUAAAAGCACAAACCUAGGUGUGUUCCAAUUAGUCUGUUUUAUUCCUUGUGAAAUGACAUGGGGAUAUCUGCAACUAAUCAGAGAGCUAGUUUGUCAUCUGAAGAGUUGAGGCAACAACUGAUUAAACAGAAGUGCACUGAAGGCAAAAAGGAAUUUUUCAGGGUAAUGAAUGAAAAUACGGACUUGAAGUCUGACACUGCUGAGCCUUAAAUCACCUGCCCUGUCAGAUUUGGUCUCCUUGCAUACCAGAAAGGAGCGGGUCAGAAUUAAUCCAUAUUUACAAGGCAGAAGGGAGAAAAAAAAAGCUUUCCCAAAUUCAGUAUAUCUGCUGCACUGCAGCAUUGUCCAAAUUGAACCAUGAGCAAAGUCUGCUGAAUGAGGGGAAAAAGGCUGUUAACAUUAUUUUAAUUUUGAACUUUCAAUAAGCUAUAGUAAGAUACAUAUGGGCUAUACAUAUAGCAAGAUAUAUGCAGACUUAACUACCUGACUUUCAAAUUACUUUCCCUUGUAACUAUCUUAAUGUUCCAGUUAAGUACGCUACUUUACCAUGCAUACUCAAGUUUGCUUCCUUGAGAGUCUUACUUUGGAAGCACAAGUAUGGACAUUUUCUUGGAAUUGUAAAAUGAGCAUAGCUCUAGAUGCAUACAGUACAAGAACUAUAGCAUAGCAUAACAUAUCUUUACCUUAUCAAUAAGGCUCUAGGAAUUUGGCCCACCUGAUUUUUAGAUGGAGAUACACAACUGCCCUGUAAACCUUAACUCAAAAGUUGCAUACCUUUAACUCAGUAAAAUCUUAUUUUACUCUAAUAAAUCAUUUGGUAUGCAAA